GAUGGCGGAGAGUGCGGAACUGAAGCUCUGGACACAGCAAAUUAUUACCCUGCACACCGCUUUCCAGUCUGACAGGAAUCUGCUGGGUGACUGCAGCAAAUGGUGAUGAGCCUGCGGGUGUCGGAGCUGCAGGUGCUGUUGGGCUACGCUGGGCGCAACAAGCACGGACGCAAGCACGAGCUGCUGACCAAGGCGCUGCAUCUGCUGAAAGCUGGCUGCAGCCCCGCCGUGCACAUGAAGAUCAAAGAGCUCUACCGAAGACGUUUCCCAGCCAAAAUGGUCUCCCACUCAGAGCUGGCCCUGCCUGGACCGCAUCACCCGGCCACAGCUGGAGUGGUUGGAGGAGGGGGUGCAGCAUUGCCUGCUGGCCUGACGCAGCUGGCUUAUGAGGGUCACGCCGGUCACGGUGGAGCCCCAUCGCCUGCUGCGUUACUGCCCCUCUCGCUACUCGGUCCUGGGAAACACGAGCUGACUGGACUGACGCACCACCUGCCCACCUCAGCAACGCUGCAUCCGGUCCACCCAGAUGUUAAGCUCCAGAGGCUGCCCUUCUACGACAUGCUGGACGAACUCAUCAAGCCGACUAGUCUAGCGUCAGACAACAGCCAGCGGUUUCAGGAGACAUGUUUUGCCUUUGCGUUAACGCCGCAGCAAGUUCAGCAGAUCAGCAGCUCAAUGGACAUCUCGGGGACCAAAUGUGACUUCUCAGUUCAAGUUCAGUUGCGGUUUUGCCUGUCGGAGACGAGCUGUCCUCAGGAAGACCAUUUCCCCCCCAAUCUGUGUGUGAAAGUAAACGGGAAGCCAUGCAACCUGCCGGGUUAUCUUCCUCCAACCAAAAACGGCGUCGAGCCCAAGCGGCCCAGCCGCCCCAUCAACAUUACCUCACUGGUUAGAUUGUCCACCACAGUCCCCAACACCAUCGUAGUGUCGUGGACCGCUGAGAUUGGAAGGAGUUACUCGAUGGCGGUGUACUUAGUGAAGCAGCAGUCGUCCACAGUGCUGCUACAGAGACUGCGAGCUAAAGGCAUCAGAAACCCAGACCACUCCAGAGCACUCAUAAAAGAGAAGCUAACAGCCGACCCAGACAGUGAAAUAGCCACAACCAGCCUUCGAGUGUCGCUCCUCUGCCCGCUGGGGAAGAUGCGGCUGAUGAUCCCGUGCCGGGCGCUGACAUGUUCCCACCUGCAGUGUUUUGACGCCACACUUUACAUCCAGAUGAACGAGAAGAAGCCCACCUGGGUGUGUCCUGGCUGCGACAAGAAGGCGCCGUAUGAGCACCUCAUCAUUGACGGGCUUUUUGUGGAGAUCCUCAACAGCUGCAUGGACUGUGAUGAGAUCCAGUUUAAGGAGGAUGGCAGCUGGGCCCCCAUGAGGUCUAAGAAGGAAGUGCAGGAGGUCUCCUCUGCUUCCUAUAACAACGGGGUGGAUGGCUCAUGCCGGACGUCCGCGGGCUCAGAUCAGCGGAGCUCCUCGUCGUCCAGCCACGGAGGCGGCGACAGCAGCAACGGCAAGAAAGUGGAAGUGAUCGACUUGACACUGGACAGCUCCUCGGAUGACGAGGGACAGGAUUCGCCGCCUCCGCCGCCUCCUACGCUGCCUCCUCCAGUCAAAAGAGCGUGCCCCUCCAUGUCCCCAACCUCGCCACCUGUCAUCAACAAAGGCGUGUUGAACCUGCACCAUCAGGCCUCCCCUGUGAGCCGUACCCCAAGUAUGCCAGGGAUAGACACCAGCUACAUCCCUCCUGUCCCCCCGCUUAUCCAGGACUACAGGCCCUACUACCACACCCCCAACGACCUUUCAGAACUGAAUUUCUUCUCUUUUCUUCAGGGGGACAAUCAUCCGCAUUACAACAUGGUUAUGGCAGCAGCGGCUGCUGCCUCGGCCUCAGACGACCACGAGCUGCUUCUCAACCGCUUCAUGCCCUACAGCACCUCUUCCUCUGCCUCCCACCUGUUCCUCGACCAAUCGGGAGCCUCCUCGGCGGCUUCGCUGACAGCGCCGACCAACGGGGCGAGCAAUUCGGGCAGCACCAGCAGCCUGGUCUCAUCCAGCAGCCUCCGUGACACUCACUCAACACACUCAUCUUCACACUCGAGCUCACACUCCUCACACGCACAUCCCGGGGUGGUGGCCGGUCGCAGCAGCGCCGAAGCAGCGGUGGCGGCUAUUUACGGCGGGAUACCUGAUGUUAUAUCGUUGGACUGACCCGAGAUGAGUGGGGACGACACUGUGGGCACAGCUGAAGUCCAGUAACAAACCCAAUCACAAACUAACUGCAGGGGUGAAGUUUUAAAACUCGACUGGCCCCAAGUCAUCAAACUCUGAACGUUCGUGGAGUCAUAAUGACGAGUCGGCCUCAAGAAGAGCACUAAUAAUAUGAGCGGGGCAACUGACCCGAGUACAGUCCUGAGUCAUCACAUAAAAGGUGUGGACAUUGUGUUGGUGUACUGACUUCAGAUCAGAAACCUGUCCAGCAUGGGAACCCACAUUACUGCUAUACUGGUACCAACCUGGCACAAAGAGCAAAGAUGCUACCUGAGCAAAAACACAAAGGAGGAAAAAGCUCUUUUUUAUAAAAACAAGGAGUGGCACCAUGUACAGAGAACAAAAUCUAUUUUCCUCUUUUACUUUUGUAUGUUAAAUUGGGACAAUUCCAGUCUAGUGAGCUGCUUCAGUCGCUGUUUGUAAGUGGAAGACUGAGUUGGGGUUUUUGUUUAUUUGUUCUCACACACACACACACACACACGCGCGCGAGCUCAUUCGUAUGCCUGUUGCCAUGUGGUUUCCUCUUUUUUAGCUGUAUGCUGUUAAAAAUGUUAAAUUUGCAUUUCUCCAGUCUUCGGUUCUCUCCGCCGUUCUCGUUUUCUCUUGUUCAGAUUCAUGGCAUUUUAUUUCUCUCGCUGAUGACAGGAGCUUUUUCAGACCUUGGAUUUAUAGUUUAUUCAUGUGCUAAUAAUUUUAUUAUGCUUUUAAGUUAUGUAUGAUAUUUAAGCCUUUAUAAAUAUAAAUAUAUAUAAAUAUAUAUAUAAAAAUAUAUAUGCAUUCCCUUUGACCUUCAGGUUGAUGCUGUGGGGAGUGUGGAAAUUAGCCAUUUCCAUUUUUUCAUUUUCUCUCCUCGAUUUCCGCCUCCUCUUAGAGACUCUGCCUGCAUACAGCAUUUAGAAAUUCAUCUGUUUAUACCUGCAAGUUUAGAGUUUUUCGCUGGAACUAUUUCAUUUGUUUUCUCAUUUGCACAAUGCCAAAAAAAAAAAAAACAUACGGUACCUGAAUAUGAUCGAAAUAAUCAGAGUGUAGUUUGAUCUGUGUGUCACAGUGUUUCCGGUCCGCUGUCCUCGCUUUCAGUCGGUAGCCAUUCAGCCACUCAAUCUCUGUCCCUUUGUGUCUCGUCUUCUCUGGUGACGGUGAAGGUCAAACCGUUGUUGUAGCAGUGUCGGGCCUUUUAAAGACACAGGCGUCCAUACCAAGUGACCAAGCUUAAAGUAGCGCCCGUUUCUUUGCGGUGCGUUUCAAAAUUAAUGUCUUAAAUGGUUACCCACAGUCCCCGCCCCCACGCCUUUUUAAAGCAUCUUCUGAACAUCGGAUCUGUGACUGAUAUUGUCUCAGGAGUUUUCUUUGGGAAAAGCAGAGAAUAGUGUAAGCAGGCUGUUGAGUGACACAGCUGAAGAAGGCAAUCUCAGCUUGCCCUUUUUUUUAGACCGGGCACAGAGCCAGAUGAUUCAAAAAUACAUGGCCUGCCUGCCCGCGUCUGAAAAAGAAAAACAAACCUCCGGGAUAUUCAGUGUGUGAUGUGGAAGUGUCAGGGCAACGUAGAGGUUUCAGGAUCCCUGCAUGGUGUCAAUAUUCAGCUUAAAAAAAACUAAAGGCUUGCCGAUUUAAGACUGGACACAGUUUGCUUCCCUCAGGAUAUUAGAAGAACCAUGUUGCAGAGAUCCUCUGUAAUCUGGUCACAUUACUGGUGACACAGUUAAUCUGGUGCCAGUGCAGCCCCCACCCCCCCACCCCCCCCACCUCCCCUCUAUGUCCUUGAAACUUUCCCAGAGUCCCCAGUUAUCCAUCUCUCUUAGAUGUUCUUCUUCCAGAGGUCGGAGACGGGCAGCUUCCAUCAGAGCCUAAUUACCCCCACCACCAUGGGAUAAUCACUCCUGACAGCAAAACCCAUCACAUCGGAUCCUCCACCCUGUCCCUCGACUGUAGACUGAGCACGCACGCACACACACACACCAGCCUUCCCUCUCUCGCCCUCUCUUUCUCUUGGCAUUUGUAAAUCUAUUCCCUGAUCUUCUCACGGGAACCGACCCCACCUCUCAGACUGACUCAGUCAUUUGCCGGAACAAGUCUCGUGUAUGUCGUGUUAUGUUGUGCAGUAUUUUAUUUAUUUUGUAUUCUUAUUUCUGUAUAUUAUAUUUUUACAUAAUGUUUGAUUUCCGUGGCCGAGCGUGAGUCUCUUUCGACCGAGAGCUGUUGUGAUUGAUUUUAUUUAAUAUGCGUUUUUACUUUCUUUGCCAGCAGCGCAACUUCUCUGAAAGGUAUUGUGUAGUUACUCAUCGUGGAAAUGCGCGCGCGUGUGUGUUCUUGGUAGCUGACUUGGAUAACAUUUAUGAUGAGGGCACAAAACACACGCUUAAUUAUUAUGCGCAUGAUUGAUGAUUGAACCUGUUUUGAGUUCCUGCUGCUUACUAUUAAGAAAUGACCAAGUCACUGUGAGCAAUCGUGUGUAGCCAACACAUGAUGGAUCAUCAGUGAAGAGUUUAAUUAAGAGUUACUUUAUAGAAAUGCUGCUGAUUCUUUCAGGAAUAUAAAAGUGUCUUUAUUGAACUGGUGGUCACAUACAGACUUCUCCACUGUGGAAAUAAAGCCUCUAAAUCCCUUCAAACUGACAAAUACUUCAGAAUAUCGGUCCACGUUCCCCGAACUGCCAUCUGCUGUUCUCAACAACAACAAAAGAUCUAGAAUUAAAAAAAAGGCUCGCUUGCAUCUGCGUAAAUGUAGCAUAGAGUUAGUUCAGACACUUCACAGAGUCAAGCUCAGGCACAACCCAGCAGAUCAGCUGAUCUCAAAGCCAGCCCCAAUCAGCUGAUGGCUCAGCAAAUCUUAUAUAGAGUGCACUGUUGUAGCGCCUACUAACAGUUGCAGCACAUCUGCAAGCCACUUUGCUACCCACCUUCAUCCAACUCCAUCUUCAACACAGUGCCUGACUUAAUCUCAUAUCUCCAGCUUUUUUUAUAUAUAAAAAUAAAAUAUUACCAAGGAAGGUCCCAGUACAGAGCCACCCCAGCAAUCAAUUAUAAAUGACUGCAGAUGGAAUUAAAAUAGUAUUUUGGGUUUAGUGGCCCUAAUUAGAAUAGCUGUUUGACUCCAGGUUUAAUAGCUUUGCAUUCUUGUUAGAGUUGCUGAUCAUGUUUCAGAGUUUAUAGUUUGCAAAAAAAAAGAUUUUAUUCUCUCUGACCAAAGAAAACGUGUAUCCAAAUGUGAUGAUUUUGAAUUCUCCUUGUACUUUUAAUGAGUAUAAUCCUCCAUCUCAAAACUUUCCCAGGGGGAGGGAGGAGGUGUCUGCACACUGCUUUUGCUCAAAGUAUUAAUUUAAUCCUUAAAACAUUUAUACAAAAGCAACAUUUUGAUGCGUAGGAUCGUCCUCAGGCAAAGGACACUGUAGACAUUUUCUAGAAGCUCGAAUCAAUACAAAUCUCUGUCACCUGGAACCAGACUAAAAAUAAAAUCUACAAAAAUAGAUUGGAAAAUUAAAAAAUGUAUGGUCACAUACAGAAGGCUGUCAUUAAAUCAGAUUUUCACUUCACGAAUGACUGUCAUGAACAUAAACAAAUGAUGAUAACGAUUUUAUUGUUAUGUGUGGAAAUCCAGGAGAAAGAGGCACUCUGUCAGUUUAAUCUGUAGAUUUGUUUGUGAGAGUCUGCAACCAGAACUGUAGAAGAGGAGGAACCACCUAAUUUAUAUUAUACAUCUUUUAUUAACAUGUCCAUGUUUAAUCUUUUUUUUUAACCUUGUCACAUAAGCAAAAAACUGCUUUCAUUUGGGUAGAUCGGUGAAUUUCACUCUAAUCUAGUUGCAGUGGGAGUUGUUGUCAACUGUUGGCGUUAAUUUGUCACUCAAACUCAGUGAGUUGAUCAUUUCUGAGCAACAGGAACUACUUAAGCCGGUGUGUUUGUGCCUUUAUUACAGGUCCCCUGGCUUGCUUUGCUGAUGAGGAGUUUGAUCCUUCACUUUUUCUUAUGUCAGUUUUAACAUUAAUCGCCAGUAUUUGGAUACUUGAUAAGAUGGUCACAGUAACUGAAUGAAUCUGAUCACCACGCUAAUUUAUUGAAACUUCUGUCCUCACGCUCGUCACGCGGCAGAUUACGAUGACGGCAUGAAGUGGGAGAGCAGACCGUGUUGAAUGUGUUUGUGUUGAAGUGCUCUACACGCAGGGGGGUCUAUACAGGGGGGUCCGAUCCUCCUCCCCACCGUCAGGUGUCCGCUGCUCCCUCCUGUGGUUUCAUUAGUGGGGAAAAGUUAACUUCAUGGUGAAGCAGUCUGUAUCAAGUUGGGUUUAUUUGCUAGAAGAUGUUAUACAGCAUACAGGGAUGGAUAAGCACAGGGCUGCAGUCAUCUCAGUCCCUUGUCAUCAUCACUCACACACAUGUGAACAGAGUAUAUAUGGAAUAAGGCCACUUUUAUCAGUAGUUACUCUUUAAGUGUGUUUUUUCGAAAACUCCACAGGCAACCUCGACGAGCAGCUCAACUCUUUGGUUGUCACGACCUUAAAUAAAAGGGAAGAAUCAGCGAUGUGUAUAUUAUGUCUGUAUGAAACCCUGAAAACGGAAAGAUCCAGAUCCAGACGUGGGUGUUUGAUGUCUGUUUGUAAGCUUUUGUGUGUCAGUUCAGAGCGAGAGAAUAAAAUAAUUUAUAUAUUUUUUAGAAAAUGGGAGCUGUACUAUUAUUUAAAAAGGAAAAAGAAAAAAAAAAUGACCGCGGCCAAUAAAGAGUUUCUCGCAAUGAAAACGAUAUCAGACUCAAGGCGACAUCUGCACUCACUGCCUUAAAACAUUCACAGGUUCAGUUUCAUUGCUCCGAUCUGGAAACAAAAACAACAGAGGAGGGAAAGGAGAACACGGUGUACAGUAGACCCAUGUCAGUUUGUACAAAUAUACCAAGUGGAAAAAAAAUAUUUAUUACCUGCAUUGGAAGAAAUUGUUUACUUAUUGAAUGUUACUUGUUUAUGUAGAAAAGUUUAGAUGUAAUAAAAUGCAUUCUGCUA